ACUACUCCUGAGGGAGCGUGUUCUUUAAAAGCAGGUGAGGGAAGGCCUGUGCACCAGUCAUGACCUCUGGGAAUGGGAAAACUAACAGCAGCCAACAUAAUGGAGAGCGCAAACCAGCCCAGGCCCUGGUCACGUCCCAGAUCCUCACCCAUCUGAUAGAAGGCUUUGUUAUCCAGGAGGGUGCUGAGCCUUUCCCGGUGGAACAUCCAUCGUUCUCUAUUGAAAGCCUAAGGAGAAACACAGCGGACUCAAAGAUGGACAAUCUCUCUCCAAAGGAGUUAAAGUCCCAGCAGGAGCCUAUGCUAACCUGUGAGCUGUGUGGCAGGGUGGAUUUUGCCUACAUCUUCAAAAGGUCUAAGAGGUUCUGCUCUACCGUGUGUGCCAAACGUUACAACGUGGGAUGCACAAAGAGAGUGGGUCUCUUUCCAAACCGCAAAACCACCCUAGGGAACAUGAAGAAACAAAGAGAACAGAACGGACAACACAAAAUCUCCAGUUUAGAAUCUAAAAAGAAGAAGCCUGCUGCUACUCUGUCCACUGGUCACUCUGUUCGACCUGCGCCAGGAGAGUCCAGCCAAUGUUCAGACUUGUCUUGCUACAAAAAAACAUCACCUCCCCUGUCAGCCACCCAGCGGGUGCCUGAGGUGCAAGGCUCUGAGCUGCCCCUGCUGCCACACAGCUUCCUGCCCAGUGUUCCCGACCAGUGGAACAUUGAGGACGUCUACGAGUUCAUCUCCUCUCGACCAGGUUGUCUGGAGAUUGCUGAGGAGUUCCGCUCACAGGAGAUCGAUGGACAGGCUCUGCUGCUGCUGAAGGAGGAUCAUCUCAUGGCAACCAUGAACAUCAAACUGGGCCCUGCACUCAAGAUCUUUGCAGAGAUUAGCAUGCUCAAAGACUCAUAG